AUCAAAACGUGGGUCGCCGAAGUAAAAGUUAUAUUACUAUGUAACUAUUGAUUAGAUAAAUAUUAAAUAAUAGUCAAAUACUAUUGACUUUUAUUAGGGAGCUUGUAGAGAGUCAACAGUAUUAGAAACUGUAAGAAAAUCACGGCGCCCCACGUUUUUGAUAGCUUAUAGUAGAGUGAUCGCUUGCAUUAUUGUGAUGUAUCGUAUUUAUUUUCUACUUUUUAGUUCAAUCAGAAAACAAAAUGAGCUCACAACGUGGCAACGUUUCUCGCACACGAAAACAGAAAUAUCAGAAUAACAGAGCCUUCAAAAAUGAUAUGCAUGAUAAAUCUGACAAAACAAAACUCAUUAACAACUUGAAUUUUGAAGGCAUUUGUCUUCGCUGUAAGGAUAUAAUUCAAUGGAAAAUAAAGUACAAAAAAUACAAACCAUUAUCCCAGCCUGCUACAUGUGUCAGAUGUCACAACAAAACUGUGAAGAGAGCUUAUUACACAGUGUGUCAGCCUUGUGCAACCCAAGUUAAAGUUUGUGCUAAAUGUAAUACCAAACAAGAUAGUAUAAUACAGGUGGGGCAGAGUGAGGAAGAAAAAAAAGCCCAAGAAGAGCAAUUAAAAUUUGAAGUUCAGCACUUAAAGGAAAGGCAGAGAAGAACUUUAUAUCGACAUAUUGAGAAGGGAGAGAAUCCUGAAGAUGUUCUUGGGGCAACUGCUUUCAAAGAUGAUUUGGAUGAUGAUGAAGAAGAUGAUGAAGACAGUAGUGAUGAAGAUUUUUAGCUAUUAUUUACAAUAAAACUAUACAGUCAUUAAAAAUGCUUGCCGGUUGAA